AUGAGGAGACUUAGAAUAACCCUUGGAGCAGCCAGGGGUAUUCAGUAUUUGCAUGAUCAUGCUAAUCCUCCCAUCAUACAUAGGGACAUCAAAACAAACAAUAUUUUACUGGAUGAACGCUUGACCGCAAAAGUUGCUGAUUUCGGUCUUUCCAAACCUAUGGAUGACUCUGAAAAGGGUCAUGUCACCACUCAAGUCAAGGGGACAAUGGGCUACAUGGAUCCUGAAUAUUACAUGACUCAACAUUUGACUGAGAAGAGUGAUGUUUAUAGCUUUGGAGUGGUAAUGCUGGAGAUGAUAACUGCAAGAAGUCCCAUUGAGAAAGGGAAAUACAUUGUAAGAGAGGUGAAGCAAGCAAUGGAUAGGACCAAAGAACUAUAUAACCUUCAUGGAAUUCUUGACCCAGCCAUCGGUUUGAACAGUACUGCACCAAAAAGUUUAGAGAAGUAUGUGGAUCUGGCAUUGAGGUGUCUCGAAGAAACAGGAUUUCUCAGGCCAGCAAUGAGAGAGGUGGUGAAAGAGAUUGAGAACAUCAUGGAAUUGGCUGGACUGAACCCCAAUGCUGAAUCUGCAUCAACUUCAGCAAGCUAUGACGAGGGAGGUAAGGGGUUCGACCAUCCUUACAGCAAUGAAAGCCUCUUUGAUUAUAGUGGAAUCUAUCCACCCUCAAAGUUAGAGCCCAAGUAA